CAGGGACUUACUAAGUACAGCUCUGGAUCAGCCCUAUUUAGUGUGUCUUGGUAAAAAAAAAUCUUUUAGAAACCUAGAUAUAGUCAUCUUGCCUCCCACUAGAGAUAGAGAUCAACCAAGAUGGCCUUUCAGGACCUUAUAACUCAAAUUGGCUGCCUGGGGAGGUUCCAGAUCCUUCACUUGAUUUUUGUACUGAUCUGCUUUAUCCUGGUAGUUCCUCACACUGUUUUGGAGAACUUCACUGCAGCCAUUCCUAGUCAUCGCUGUUGGGUCCCCAUCCUCGACAAUAACACUAUGUCUGAUAAUAACAGUAGGAUCCUGAGCCAAGAUGACCUCCUAAGGAUCUCCAUCCCAAUGGACUCCAACCUGAGGCCAGAGAAAUGCCGUCGCUAUAUCCAACCACAGUGGGAUCUCCUUCAUCUGAAUGGCACCUUCUCCACUGUAACAGAGCCAGACACAGAGCCCUGUGUGGAUGGUUGGGUGUAUGACCAAAGCACCUUCCUCUCCACCACAGUGACCCAGUGGGACCUGGUGUGUGGAUCUCAAACACUGAAUUCAGUGGCUAAAUUUAUCUACAUGACUGGUAUCUUUAUAGGGCAUCUCAUGGGUGGCCAUUUAUCAGACAAGUUUGGGAGGAAGUUCAUUGUGACAUGUGGUUUACUGACACUGGCUGUCACUGAAACUUCUGUCGCUUUUGCUCCCACCUUCCUCAUCUACUGCUCACUUCGAUUCCUCACAGGGAUUUCUUCCUCAUGCAUUAGGACAAACAGUGCUUUGCUCAUAUUAGAAUGGACAAGUCCUAAAUUCCAAGCUAUGGUAAUGGCACUGAUAUUUUCUGCUGGGGGAAUUGGACAGGUUCUACUGGGAGUCCUGGCUUUUGGUAUUCGGAACUGGCAACACCUCCAGCUGGCGAUGUCUGUACCAGUGUUCUUCCUCCUUAUUCCCACAAGGUGGUUGUCAGAGUCAGCUCGAUGGCUGAUUAUAACCAACAAACCCCAGGAGGGCUUAAAGGAACUUAUAAAAGUUGCACACAUAAAUGGAAUAAAGAAUUCAAGAGAUGUCCUAACCUUGGAGGUUGUGAAAACUACCAUGAAGGAUGAACUGGAGGCAGCAGAGACAAAACCCUCCCCACUGGUGCUGUUCCGUACACCCAACCUUCGCAAGCGGAUCUGUCUUCUAUCCUUUGUGAGAUGUGUGUCAUUGAUAUCAACUGUAGGCCUGCUUAUCAACCUCCAAUAUCUGAGCAAUAAAGUGUUCCUGCUGCAGUGUCUCUAUGGUGUGGUGUGCACUCCAGCCAAUCUUCUUGGAAAUUUUUCAAUGAAUUACAUGGGCCGCAGAACAACCCAAAUCAUUUUCAUGUCUGUGAUGGGAAUCUCCAUUCUGUCUAUCACAUUUUUGACUCAAGAAAUGCAGAUCCCGCGUUUAGUUUUGGCAUCAUUAGGAGGAGCAAUUUCUUCUGCCUCUUUGACAAGUACUGCUGUGCUUUCAAAUGAGCUAGUCCCCACUGUAAUCAGGGCAACUGCUUUAGGAGUCAUUGGAAUUUUUGGUAGUGCUGGAGCAGCCCUGUCUCCUCUGUUGAUGAUUCUCAUGACAUAUUCUGCUUCCUUGCCCUGGAUCAUCUAUGGGGUUCUUCCCAUCCUUAGUAGCCUUGUUGUCCUUCUUCUUCCUGAGACGAGGAAUCAGCCUCUGCCUGACUCCAUCCAAGAUGUAGAAAAUAAGAGGAAAAGCUCAAGAGAGGUAAAGAAAGAUGCGGUUGCCAAAGUGACACCAUUUUAAAGAAUUCCAACUGAGCUCUGAUCAAGGAGAAAGAUAAAAAGUACAUAUUGUUCAGAAUAUGGUGGUCCAGAAUCAUACCUACAUGUUAGCAGAAUUUUUCCAUAUAAGUGAUAUGUGUAAAUAAAGUUAAAUUAAAAUUAUACCAGUUUGCCAUGUAUAAAAUAACUAUAAUAAAGAAAUUUGAAGAAAAUCACAAA